AUGAAGAAAGAGAAUGCUCUCUUUAGUUGUAUUAACAGAAAUGAAAUGGGGUCAGUCUGUUGCAGUUAUGCAGGUCAUCAUACAAACUGUCGGGAAUAUUGUCAAGCAAUUUUUCGGACAGACUCUUCUCCUGGUCCUUCACAAAUUAAAGCAGUUGAAAAUUACUGUGCAUCUAUUAGCCCUCAGCUUAUACACUGUGUGAACAACUAUACACAGUCAUAUCCAAUGAGAAAUCCUACAGAUAGUUUGUAUUGCUGUGAUAGAGCAGAAGACUAUGCGUGUCAGACUGCUUGUAAAAGAAUUCUAAUGUCAAUGAAAACAGAGCUUGAAAUUGUUGAUGGACUAAUAGAAGGCUGUAAAACAAUGCCUCUCCCUCAGGAUCCACUUUGGCAAUGUUUUCUUGAGAGUUCAAGAUCUGUUCACCCAGGAGUCACCGUGCACCCUCCACCUUCAACAGGCCUCGAUGGAGCUAAGCUCCAUUGCUGUUCUAAAGCAAAUUCUUCCACAUGUAGAGAGCUCUGCACUAAACUUUAUAGCACGAGCUGGGGCAAUUCACAGAGCUGGCAAGAAUUUGAUCGCUUUUGUGAGUAUAAUGCAGUUGAAGUUUCCAUGUUGACCUGUUUAGCAGAUGUACGAGAACCUUGUCAGCUGGGCUGUAGAAAUCUUACUUACUGCACUAAUUUUAAUAACAGACCAACAGAACUUUUUAGGAGCUGCAAUACUCAGUCAGACCAGGGAGCCAUGAAUGACAUGAAGCUAUGGGAAAAAGGGAGUAUUAAGAUGCCAUUUAUAAAUAUACCCGUGCUUGAUAUUAAAAAAUGCCAACCAGAAAUGUGGAAGGCAAUUGCCUGCUCACUGCAGAUUAAACCUUGCCACAGCAGAUCGAGAGGAAGUAUUAUCUGCAAAUCAGACUGUGUGGAAAUACUGAAGAAAUGUGGAGAUCAUCAUAAAUUCCCUGAAGGCCACUCAGCUGAAAGUAUUUGUGAGCUUUUAUCUCCAACAGAUGACUUGGAGAACUGUAUCCCUUUGGAUACAUACCUGA